CACCGAUUACUCCAAAAGUUGGCUAGAACGGAUUCAACACCCAUGUCACCUCGUACCCGAGACACGCUGUCAAUGCAUGCUGUGCGACCCAAGCUUCACCGCCUCGGGUUCCAGCCUUGUGUCACUAUUGCUGUCUCAGUCAGCGUGCCACACAUGUUCGCUAGUAUCAACCCUGGUUCGCACCCGAUGUUACACAGGAGAACACGGGCACGCACUGAUCUUCCGGCCCGUAUGUUACGCUCUCGGGACUUUAUACUUGGGUCUGGGCACGAGCGCCGAUAGCAGUCAUGGCAUGAAUACCCCUAUCUUUGGACACCGCAGUGGGGAAAGCAUGGAUCGUUGACGUGCAAUUCUCGAGGCAAGCAUAUUGACACUUCUGGAGAUAUCGGUUCUUCCGUUCGUGCUUUUGGACGUUCCACGCAUUCAUGAUGGAAACCAUCACUGCACCGGUGGAACAGCAUUUGGAGGU